UUCGUGAGCGCAGGAAGUUAGAGUUCUGUUGCUUGGGGUUAUAUAUAAGGACAAUAUUAAAUUAUAAAUUUUAAACUAGUGUGCUUUUAUACGUUAUUGUAAUCCCAUCUUCAUGUAAAAAGUCAGAGUUUGCAUGGAAAUUCCAGUAUAGUGCAGCUCAUUUCUCUCCACUGCUGCUCACAAGGUCCAUCUGCACUAUUAUGACGCGUGGUGUGUCUUUGCUACUAAACUUUAAGCUGCUGCCACAAGUUUAAAGGGAAACGCAGCAGAAUUACUCGUGACUGAGUGUAAGCCAUUACUAACAACCUGAGCAACAUUUCUAAAGCAAGCUAAAGGUGUAAAGAUGAGAAGUAAGAGUGUUGUAAACGCGCUUUUAAGCUCCGUACGAGGGAUUUCUUCUAGCCUGCGAGUGAAUUCUCCACAGAGUCCUGUCAGCGCCUCACACACACGCGGAGAAGGGAUUAAACGAAGGGAACCGGAGGAACAUGAAAUGCGCCCUCUCUACAUGGACUUCCAGGCAACAACACCGAUGGAUCCACGGGUUCUGGAUGCCAUGCUUCCUUACCUAGUGAACCAGUAUGGCAAUCCUCACUCUAGGACACAUGCUUACGGAUGGGAAAGUGAGAGUGCAGUGGAAAAAGCAAGAAAGCAAGUAGCAGAUCUUAUUGGUGCUGACCCACGUGAAAUUGUGUUUACCAGUGGGGCCACGGAGUCCAACAAUAUGUCCAUCAAAGGUGUGGCCCGUUUUUAUAAAGCCAAGAAGAAUCACAUCAUCACUACACAGACAGAACACAAGUGUGUGCUUGACUCCUGUCGUGUCCUUGAGGCUGAGGGUUUUAAAGUAACCUACCUGCCUGUUAAAAACAAUGGUUUGAUUGACCUCCAGCAAUUAGAGAAAACAAUACAUUCUGGUACAAGCAUAGUAUCUGUGAUGACUGUUAACAAUGAGAUUGGAAUCAAGCAACCAAUCAAAGAAAUAGGUCAGAUCUGUAGAGCCAAGAAUGUGUUUUUUCACACUGACGCAGCUCAAGCGAUUGGAAAAAUCCCCAUCGAUGUCUCUACCUUAAAAGUGGAUUUAAUGUCUAUCAGUGGGCACAAAAUAUAUGGCCCUAAAGGUGUUGGAGCUCUGUAUGUGAGGAGGAGGCCCAGGGUUCGUAUCGAGCCCUUACAGAGUGGAGGGGGUCAGGAGAGAGGCCUGCGCUCAGGCACGGUACCCACUCCUCUGGUUGUGGGUCUCGGCGCUGCCUGUGAGAUUUCCCAGCAAGAAAUAGAGUAUGACCAUGCAAGAGUCUCCAUGCUCGCUAAUCGCCUUGCGCAGAAGAUAAUGUCCGAGGUUUCUGAUGUUGUGAUGAAUGGAGAUCCUAAAGAGAGAUAUCCAGGAUGCCUAAAUUUAUCGUUUGCUUAUGUGGAGGGUGAAAGUCUGCUAAUGGCGUUAAAGGAUGUUGCACUUUCUUCUGGGAGUGCAUGCACGUCUGCUUCUUUAGAGCCUUCCUACGUACUGAGAGCCAUAGGAACAGAUGAGGAUCUUGCCCAUUCCUCAAUUAGGUUUGGAAUUGGGCGCUUUACUACAGAGGAAGAAGUGGACUACACUGCAGAGAAGUGCAUUCAGCAGGUUCAGCGUCUACGGGAAAUGAGUCCUCUGUGGGAGAUGGUGCAAGAGGGCAUUGAUCUAAAAAGUAUCAAAUGGACACAGCACUGAAGGACUGGCUAAAAUGAUGGAAGAUUACUGCAAUGAGAAUAUUUAGUUUGUAUAGUUUACCUAGGCCCCCCUUUCUUUUUCUCUUUCUUUCUCUUAAAAACACACACACACACACACACACACACACACACACACACACACAAAAAAAAAG